GAUUAUGUUACCUUAGCGUCAGUUGUUAUUUGGUAGCCGUCGUGCUCAGUUCGUUUUGUAGCUAAUCUAGUGGCUCCAACUUUAGAGAAGAACUUAUCCUCCAGCAUGAGCUGCCCCAUGGGAAACUAUAACGGCGAUGCCCAGAGUGGUGAGCGGUUGGGCUCAGAAGCCGGAAUGUUGUACGGGGAGUAUCUAAUGCUAGAUAAAGUCCUUAGCGCACAACGAAUGCUGUCGGUCGAAAGUAAUAAACCAGUUCACGAUGAGCACCUUUUCAUCAUUACUCAUCAAGCUUACGAGUUGUGGUUCAAGCAGAUUAUUUUUGAACUGGAUUCUAUCCGAUAUUUAUUCAGCACGGAGCACAUGGAAGAGUCGAGAACGUUGGAAAUAUUAAAACGUCUCAAUCGAAUCGUUUUGAUACUGAAGCUCCUGGUAGAUCAAGUUCCUAUCCUCGAGACGAUGACACCGCUGGACUUUAUGGAUUUUCGUGACUAUCUAUCACCAGCAUCGGGCUUCCAAAGUUUGCAAUUUCGGCUGCUAGAAAAUAAGCUUGGUGUAAAAACCGAACACCGCGUGAAGUACAACCAGAAAUAUUGGGAAGUGUUCGCCAGUGAUCCGAAGGCAGUGGAAAAGAUUGCCGCGACCGAAAGUGAACCGUCGUUAGCCGAUUUGGUUGAAAAAUGGCUCGAGCGUACGCCCGGACUGGAGGAAGACGGCUUCAAUUUCUGGGGAAAAUUUCAGGAGAGUGUGGAAAAACUACUGGCAGAUCAGGAAACAAGCGCAAUGAAAGAAGAGUUCGAACACGUGAAAAAUUACCGUUUGAUGGAUAUCGAGAAACGUAGAGAGGUGUAUAAAUCGAUUUUCGACUCAAGCGUGCAUGGCGCUCUCGUCACUCGUGGAGAUCGUAGAUUUACACACAGAGCUCUCCAAGGAGCUAUCAUGAUCACGUUCUACCGUGACGAGCCUAGAUUUAGCCAACCGCAUCAGCUACUUAUGCUCUUAAUGGAUAUCGAUUCCCUUAUUACGAAAUGGCGUUACAAUCAUGUAAUUAUGGUACAAAGAAUGAUUGGUUCUCAGCAACUUGGUACCGGCGGUUCGUCCGGAUAUCAGUAUUUGCGUUCUACUCUCAGUGAUCGUUAUAAAGUGUUUAUCGAUCUAUUCAACUUGUCCACGUUCCUAAUUCCUCGUGGUUCUAUCCCACCACUGACCGAUGAAAUGCAAAAGGCUUUGAAUCUCGCUUGGGGGUCUCCAGCGCAUAGAGCACGACAAAUGAACCACUUGACGAAGCAAUAAACUAUGGGAGAUGAACUAUCUAAUAAAUUUAUAAUAGGAUAUGAAAUCAAUUACACUGUGCUACAGCGAUUUAGAACUUCUGAAGUGACCUAGUGUAGGUUGUAGGUCUUGUUGAGUGUAACAUUCGCUCAUACAAAAAAUUUUCCAAACACCCCCAAAAUCUGAAGUUAUGGUCAAAAUACGAUUUUUUGGACUUCACCGCAUAUAAUACUUUUAACUCAGUCAUUUAUCAACCGAUUUUCAAUAUUAAAGCAGUUUUAGAAAGAAAACAAAUGGAGCUUUCAAAAUAUAUACAGGUUUGUUCUAAUAUCAAUAAAACAUGUUGAGUUAUUUGAGCUUAAAUCCAAUUUUUUAAACUUUUUCACGCAACUUUUCAAUUUAAUUGUCAAUUACCCGUCUAUUUUUGUGAGAAACAUACCACACAUAUACUAUAAUUUUGAAAGUUUAUUCAAUUCCAAAUCAAUUGAAAGUAGUUUUGUAAAAAUUGGAUGAUAUUUGGCUAAGUUAUACAUUUUUUAAGAAAACCAAAAUUUUUGGCUUCUAUCGCGCAAUUAUUUCACGGAGCUACAAAUGAUGAAAAAAUGCAAGAACUUUUGAUGUGACUUAGUGUGGGUUAUAGCUUUAGUCAAAUGUUACUUGCGCGUUUACUUGAAGUUUCUCAAAAACCCCAAAAAUAAUUAGUUAUGGUCAAUACCCUGUUAUUUACCUUAGCUCACAUUUUUAUGUUUAAUUUAGUUAUUUUUCAACCAAUUUUUUAUAUUUUGGCUGUUUUGGAAAGGCAAAAAAUAGAACUCUUGAAAC